AUGUGCCCCAAAAGGAUGGAUCUGCCCGAAAAUGGGGCGGGUGAGCCCCAGACCCCCUGGACCCCCUGGACCCCCUGGAGCGAGUGCUCGGCCUCCUGCGGGCCGGGCCACCAGCGCCGGUACCGCUUCUGCGCCCCGCAACCCGCGGCACCCUGCUCCGAGCCGCAGUCCCAGGAGCGCCCCUGCGUCCUGCAGCCCUGUGCCUGGCCGGGUGGCUGGAGCCCCUGGAGCCCCUGGAGCAGCUGCAGCCGGAGCUGCGGGGCCGGCGUGCGCAGCCGGAGCCGUGCCUGCUCCAGCCCCGCGCCCCAGGGAUGGGGAGACUUCUGCGAGGGCCCCCCCGUGCAGCUGGAGCCCUGCGGCACCCAGGAGUGCCCCGCUCCCGACUGCGCCGCGGUGCCGGGCUCGGUGUUCAGCCCCUGCGGCCCCCCCUGUCCCCGCUCCUGCGAUGACAUCUCG